AGAUCAAAUCAUUUGAAACCUUGAGACUCUUUCUCCUUUGCUUGGAAGGAACCACCAGAAAUAGUUGCAGGUGCUAAUUGCCCAUUAUUCUCACUAAUGUGAAUUUGUUAAUUGGGAUCCUUGAAUAUUUUACUUGCUUGAAGCCUGACCAGAGGAGCUCAAGAUGGAAGGACUGUGCAGUGUCUCACUUCCCACCGUGCCCUUUGGGGUCCCUUCCAAUGCCUGAAUGGUUCUUCCUCGAGUCACUUACGCUGAGAAGAGGGGUCCAGGCUGCAAAAUCUUCCAACAUCUCACAUUACGAAGAUGGCAAUGCUGAAAGUCAAAUUCAAUCAGAAGAAACGGGUAAAACUAGCACAGGGACUAUGGCUCAUGAACUGGUUUUCAGUGUUUGCUGGAAUCCUUGUCUUUAGCAUGGGAUUAUUCCUCAAAAUUGAACUCCGGAAGCGAAGCGAAGUGAUGGACAAUUCUGAAAGCCACUUUGUGCCCAAUUCUUUGAUAGUGAUGGGUAUAUUAUCCUGCGCCUUCAAUGGUUUUGCUGGCAAAAUUUGUCACGAUUCUCUGGAUCCCACUAAGUUUGCCAAGUGGAAGCCUUUGCUGAAACCUUACAUGGCACUGUGCUGCUUCUUCAACAUCCUGAUUUUCUUGGUUGCUCUGAUCUGCUUUCUCAUGCGGGGCUCCCUGGACAGCACGCUGGCCCAGGGGCUCAAGAACGGCAUGAAGUUCUACCGGGACACAGACACCCCUGGAAGGUGCUUCAUGAAGAAGACCAUCGACAUGCUCCAGAUCGAGUUCAAGUGCUGUGGGAACAACGGCUUCAGAGAUUGGUUUGAAAUUCAGUGGAUCAGCAACAGAUAUCUGGACUUCAGCUCCAAGGAAGUGAAAGAUCGGAUCAAAAGCAACGUGGACGGGAGGUACUUGGUGGAUGGUGUCCCUUUCAGCUGCUGCAACCCCAGCUCCCCGAGACCCUGUAUCCAGUACCAGGUCACCAACAACUCAGCUCACUACAGCUACGACUACCAAACCGAGGAGCUCAACCUCUGGCUCCGGGGCUGCCGGGAAGCCCUCCUGCACUACUACAGCAGCAUGAUGAGCUCCAUGGGUGCCGUUGUCCUUCUUGUCUGGCUUUUUGAGAUAUCAGUGAUGGUCGGCUUGCGGCUCCUGCACACCUCUCUGGAGAGCAUUGCAAACCCUGAAGACCCUGAGUGCGAAAGCGAAGGCUGGAUCCUGGAGAACAGCCUGAAGGACACUUUGAAGUCCGCGCUGGAGAGUUUGAAAAAGAUUGGUAAGUUCAAUCAGGUGGAAGCAGACGCCGAAGGGGCCGGAGGAGAGGAAGGUGGGAAGACACAAACCGUCGCAACAGUCAGUUGA